AUUGACAUCUUUGCUAACUUAGCAUGCUAGCUCUAGCCGGAGGUGGAGGUAAACAAGAGACUUAUACAACACCAGCUCAGUGUUAGCUCUUACCAGACUGAUAGCUAUGGCAUUGCGGUUGUUCCGUUAGUUUUCAGUUGCACUCAUAAUAGGCAUUAUGUCAGCUUUAUUGUUGCACCGCAGUGGUGGCGUUUGUAGAAAGUACAGCGGAGGUUUAUUGUGGGGACUGUCAAGGCGAAACUUUCAUGUAUUAGCAAACAAGCAAAUAUUUAGCCAUAGCGUUCGAAAUGUGCUGUCUAGGUGUGCCAAUGUCAGGAAAACGCCUCUUUCGAAAUCAGAGCGAACACUCACAAGACAGCCAGAGAAACUCCUCCAGAGUUUUCUCCACAGACCUUUGGGUCCCGGCAUGUUGGGACUUAGCAAAGUGUUAAUUAGGAGCAACUUGCUCAGAAACCCUGUUGGAUUGGUAAAUCUUUUAGGGGCAGCAAACUUCUUUAGCACAUCUCAAUCUAAACAAGACAAAAACAGAAGUGGUGGACCAAAGGGAAAAACUCCAGAGGAAGAUGAAGAGGAGAAGAAACGUCGUGAGCAGGACGAUCAGAUGUACCGGGAGCGCCUGCGGACCCUCUUUCUCAUAGCCCUCAUUAUGAGCCUGCUGAACUCCCUCACUUCCAGCGGUGGUAACAUCUCCUGGAAUGAUUUUGUCCAUGAGAUGUUGGCCAAGGGAGAAGUGUCACGUGUGCAAGUUGUUCCUGAGAGCGACAUUGUAGAAAUCUACCUUCAUCCUGGAGCAGUUAUCUUUGGAAGGCCUAGGUUGGCGCUCAUGUACAGAAUGCAGGUGGCCAAUAUUGACAAAUUUGAGGAGAAGCUGAGAGCUGCCGAGGAGGAGCUGAAUAUUGACACUAAGGACAGAAUACCAGUGUCCUACAAACGCACCGGAUUCUUUGGGAAUGCAGUCUAUGCUCUGGGGAUGGCUGCCAUAGGUGUGGCUAUUCUCUGGUACAUCUUUCGAUUAGCAGGCAUGGGUGGCAGAGAAGGCGGCUUCAGUGCUUUUAAUCAGCUGAAGAUGGCCAAAUUCACCAUUGUGGACGGCAAAUCGGGUAAAGGUGUGAGUUUCAAAGAUGUAGCAGGCAUGCAUGAGGCUAAGAUGGAAGUUAAGGAAUUUGUUGACUACCUUAAGAAUCCAGAACGAUACCUUCAGCUGGGAGCCAAGGUUCCCAAGGGUUCAUUGCUGCUUGGGCCUCCAGGAUGUGGGAAGACUCUGCUGGCUAAGGCUGUAGCUACCGAGGCUCAGGUGCCUUUUCUGGCUAUGGCUGGCUCUGAGUUUGUGGAGGUCAUUGGGGGUCUGGGUGCUGCCAGGGUCAGGAGUCUGUUUAAGGAGGCUCGUGCCCGAGCGCCCUGCAUUGUCUACAUCGAUGAGAUUGAUGCAGUGGGAAAGAAGCGCUCCACCAACAUGUCAGGUUUCUCCAAUACCGAAGAGGAGCAGACACUCAACCAGCUGCUGGUUGAAAUGGACGGAAUGGGAACAACAGAUCAUGUCAUUGUCCUCGCUUCUACUAACAGAGCAGAUAUCUUGGACAAUGCACUCAUGAGACCAGGCAGACUGGACAGACACAUCUUUAUAGAUCUGCCAACACUGCAGGAGAGGAAGGAAAUCUUUGAGCAGCAUCUCAAGAUCUUGAAGCUGACUCAACCUGCUAAUUUCUACUCCCUACGUCUGGCUGAGCUCACCCCAGGCUUCAGUGGUGCUGACAUUGCUAACAUUUGUAAUGAAGCUGCUCUGCAUGCUGCCAGAGAGGGCUACAAAUCCAUUGAUACUUUUAACUUUGAGUAUGCUGUGGAGAGAGUAAUAGCAGGGAGUGUAAAGAAGAGUAAGAUCCUGUCUAAAGAGGAGCAGAGAGUGGUUGCCUUCCAUGAGUCUGGACAUGCCUUAGUGGGAUGGCUGCUGGAGCACACAGAGGCCGUCAUGAAGGUGUCCAUUGCUCCAAGGACAAAUGCUGCUCUGGGAUUUGCCCAAAUCUUACCCCGUGACCAGUACUUGUUCACCAAGGAGCAGCUGUUUGAGCGGAUGUGUAUGGCUCUGGGAGGAAGAGCUGCUGAGGCGAUCACCUUUAACAAAGUUACUACAGGAGCUCAAGAUGACUUGCGCAAGGUGACACGUGUGGCCUACUCUAUGGUGAAGCAGUACGGCAUGUGUGACAGCGUCGGACAGGUCUCAUUCCCAGACACAGAGGAGCGAGGCGCCGUCGGACGCCGUCCUUUCAGCCAGGGCCUGCAGCAGCAGAUGGACCAUGAAGCUAAGAUGUUGAUCGCCCGUGCAUACAGACACACAGAGAAGCUGCUACUGGACAACAGAGACAAGCUCACCCUGUUGGCUAACGCGCUGUUAGAGCGUGAGGUGGUGAACUACGAUGAUAUCGAAGCCUUGCUGGGUCCGCCACCCCAUGGGCCCAAGAAAAUGAUCAUCCCACAGAGCUGGGUGGAGGCUGAGAGGGACAAACAAGAUUCAGGAGAAGAUGAACCUCAACCACCUUCCAACAACCACGGAGAAGAGGACAUGAAUCCUCAGCUGGCCUGAUCUUACAGCGUAGGUCUCAAAACUGUUUUCCAACUGCUGUGUCACGUGGGAUCAUCAAGGGCUACUCAAUAUUCUGUAAAACCCGAUAUGGACUCCUCACUUCAAAGCGUUACGCUCUCAACAGUGAAAUCAUAUUUUCCAAAACUCUGCAGCUCAUGCAGACUUCUGUGCAGAAGAAUGUUUGCACUUGUUUUCUGGUUAGCUGUUCAGCUAAUCUGAAUACUGAUCUACAAUUCACUGAUUAUUUUGGAGGACCAUUCUUCUCAUGCACUUGCUGUCCAGCCAUAUGAUUAUGCCAUAGCAGCACUAAAAGCAAGUCUAUUUAAAUCGGAUGUCUCCAACAAGCAUUGAGUGCAGACAGUCUAGAAAAGCCCUCUUAUGAGCACUUGCUGUACCUGCAUUCAACAGUUGAAUGCUGUGUCUUAGAAUUCCCCAACACCGUGUACUAAUGCCUGUAAUUGAUGCGAUCAGAUUUAUGCAAAUAUACUGUAGCAUAUACAGAUUUGAAUUCAAGUAUUUCUUUGGAAAAUUUGUUAUUUCACAUCUGCAAAUGCCACAGCAAAGAAACAGCUAGGCCAUUUGUAACAACUUAUUUUUUACUGAAGGAAGUAGACUUUACAAUAUCUCUAAGCUGUCACAGUUGACAUGCACCAAAUACAUUUCCAUUUAAUCAGGUGACUCUUAUUCACACAAUAAGCUCUGCAUUAUUCUGCAGUGAAGCUGCAGUUAGGAAUUGUAAAAGAUUGUAGUAGAUGGCUGAGAAUAUUUACAGUAUGCUGCAUUUGAGUACAUUUUGUCAGAGGCUGUAUGGAACAAAUGUACCGCUCCUUAGCACUGAUGAAACCGGAUUUUACAUUUUGAAGUACUCCCCUAAGACUAAAACAAAGUGUGUGUCCUGAUGGUGACUGAGUAGCAGAUAUCACUCUACAUACUUUGGCCCUUUUUUCACCAUGAGACAUACAGACCAAGUAAGUAGGUGGAAUCAGUGGUGUUUUCUUUGAAAAAAAAAAAGAGUCUGUGUGUUCGGGACUGUGCAGUGGUUUGUUUGCUGCAAGUGAAUGUGAAGUCCCAAAGUAUGGCAUUGCCAAAUAUUUAAAUAAAGUUUUAUUUAAAUAUUG